AUGCAAAAAAGUGAUCAAAGUAAAAAUUCUGGUUGUUUAUGUUUUGGUAAGAAAUAAAAAGGAGAAUUCCCAAAAACUUUCAAGAAAUCAGCUAAAAUCCUUAAAAAAUAUAAAGAUAAUAGUUUAGAUGUAUUAGAUUAAUAUUUUGUUAGAUUUCAGAUGAUGCCAUUUUAGAAGUGAUGAUUAGACUCUAUAUAUCAGAGAACAAAAGCAAAGCUAUUGAAAUGCUUUAAAGAUGUCGUAUUAAUCCAAAUUUUGAAGCUAACCUUAUAAGAAAUGAUUUGGAAUAUUUUAUCCCUCAACUAAUUAAUUUUUUAGUAUUUCAUCAACAACUAUCAGAUGAAAGACUGAUAUAAUUCAUAACUAAAGCAUCAUAAAUAGACUUUUUUUUUGCUCAUCUUGUCUACUUCUAAUUAAAGAGUUUAUCAUAAAUUGUUGCUCAUAAUAAUAGAGUAGAACUUAAAAUAGUUUAAAAGUUUGUGUAAGAAUUCGAAGAAAAAAUGACAUCAAAUUAUUAAGGCAAUUUAUUAAUAGCAACUUAAAUAUUAAAGAUUCAUCUUGAUGAUUCUUUAAAAAGUUCAACUUUAGGAAAAUCAAUAACAUCACUAUCAAACAAAAAAAUUAAAUAGGAAGUGUAUCAAGGGUCUAUCCGUAUUAAAUCACUUAAAUAAAAUGAAGUAAUAUAACUUUAUGGAACAAAUGAAUGGGAAUAAAAUAUGUCUAAUAAAAGUCCCUCUUAAUAUAUAGUAAGAAAUCAUGAAGAAAUUGAAUUAGAAGAUUACACUUCUAUUUUUGAGAGUAAUGAAAAUAUCUUACCUCUUGAUACUGCUUUUUAAUCCAAUUUAAACUUUUGGUAUGAUAUUACUAAAAUUUGUGAUGAAUUAUCUAAAUCCAAUUCUAAAACUUAAUAUUUACAUAGUUUAUUAAAUAAAAUAAAUGCUAAUUUACCAGCUGCUGUAUAUGUACCUUUUGUUAAGAAUUAAAUUAGAAAUUAUGCUGUAUUAAAUAUAGUAUCUAAAGAAAGUCGAGUAUUUUCUACCAAAAUGAGAAGUCCUUAUAGUUUAACACUUGAAAUCUAUAGGCCUGAAAUAGAGGGAGAUUAUAAUGAAUAAUAAUUAUUCGAUAAAUAAUUGUCGUUAGCUAUCAAAACUAAUGUACAUUAUUAUCUCAUAUUUAUAGAUGAUAAAAAAUGAUGGAAACAUUAAAAGUUAGUACAUUAUCUAAGAAUAAUAAACUACAUAAAUGAAUAGAACCUAUUCACUUGCUGAUGCAUAAAAUUCUUUUAAUAAUGAAUUUUAAAAUAUAAAAUUCAACUAAUUUAAUUAUUAAAAUAAUGAACCAGAGUCUAGUGGAAUAGGAUUAUUUUAUAAUUAUAGAUAAACUAAUAACAUUAAUUAAGAUUCAGAUUAAGGAGAUGAAAUGAUAGAUUAAUAGAUGAUUAUCUAAUAACCAUCAUUUUCUAAUGCAACUGAUGAUUAAUCGAGUAAUAAAGGAGUUGAAUAAAAUACUGAUUAGUAGGUUUCUAAAUUAGAAGAUUAAAGCAAAUUAGAGAUAAGUUCUUUUAAUAGUAGAGUCAGUUAUUUAUAAGAUGGAAAAGGACUUGUUUUAAGUUAGGAAGAAUAUAUAGAGAUCAAAUAAGCUAUUUUUGGAGAAAAUUCAUUGGCUUAAUAAGAAAGAAUUAAAAAAUAAAGUCCUUUUUAAGCUUUGAAAUCUUGGAAAUUAGUUCAUUUGAUUAUCAAAACAGGAGAUAAUUUAAAAUAAGAAUAAUUUGCUUUAUAAUUAAUAUGUUAAUUUGAUUAAAUAUUUAAGAAGGAGGGUUUACCAUUAAAAUUAAGAUAUUAUGAGGUAUUAUCAUUAGGACCUGAUAGUGGUAUGAUAGAAAUGAUUAAAAAUGCUACUACAAUUGAUAGUUUAUAAAAGAAUCUUUAAAAAAAGUUUACUUAAUUCAGUGAUUUCUCUGAUUUUUUCAGAUCCUUUUUUAGAAACAAUAUUGAAUAAGCAUUAUAAAAUUAUGUUUAAUCACUUGCAGCCUAUUGUUUAGUUUGUUAUUUCUUAUAAGUUAAAGAUAGACAUAAUGGAAACAUAUUAUUAGAUGAUGAAGGUCAUUUGAUUCAUAUUGAUUUUGGAUUUUUUUUAUCUAUAGCUCCUGGUAAAGGAAUGGAAUUUGAAGGUAAAGUUCCAUUUAAAUUGUUAUCUGAUUACAUUAAAGUUUUAGGAGGUGUCAAAGGAACUUUGUUUUAAGAUCAUUUCAGAAAAUUAUUUUAUAAGUAUAAUUAUUUAUAUAUUAUUAGAGGAUUUAAAGCUUGCCAAAAACAUUAGAAUGAAAUAUUAUUAUUGGUAGAAAUGAUGUAUACAGGUCAUGGAACAACACUACCUUGUUUUUAAAAAGGUGAAGUUGCUUUAAAAGAAUUAGAAAAUAGAUUUAACCCAAGAGUUGCUUCAGAUGCUGAAUUAUUUGUAUAUGUUUAAGGAUUAAUUAAUAAAUCAUUAGAUAAUUGGAGGGCUAGAUGGUAUUAUGUAUUUAAUUAAUUAUUAGGUAUGAUAAAUUUUAAUAUUUUGCAUAAGGUAUAUUUUAUUGAU